UUAGAACGUAUAUUUAUGUGUUAAAUUGUUUGAAUGCUUUUGUUUCAUUAUGUCCCAGCGAAGAUGAAAAACAGUUUGUCAACACACUGGAUACGCUUCUGAAAUUUUCAGGAUGGAAGCAAAUCAAAAUGAGAGCCAAGUGUCUGGAACCGACCGGCAAUCGAAUGGAAUCAUAUAACGGAAAAGAUUUAGUAACAAAAAUUCAGUAUAAGUUGGACCUAAAUAAAGAAUACGAACCAGAUUUGGAUAAUCGUAUUGUCGAUGAGAAAAACGUGGAGACAAAAUAUUACAUGGCACUACGUUUGUUAGGGUGUGUAUACACAGACGUCUUACUAAAAUUUUUAAUUUUUUCAAAAUACCUUAUUGAGUUAUGCAAUACGGAAAGACGAAGAAGUAAACUCAAAGAUGAAACCAAAAAGAAAUCCUGGGGAAUUUUAAUUGCUGUGUUACUACAUUUAGAAAAAUGUCAGCCGAUGACGGAGUACAUGUUUACAGCUUUGCAGUACAUAAUAGGGUUGAUCCCGUUAAAGGAUUAUCAAAAUAGUGUGUUGAUUGACGCGACAAAAAUCGCAACUUUCACUAAAAGUAAGGUCCAAUUGGUUUUCGCUGGAAUACGAAACAAAAUUAAAAAUAUGUCGAGUAAUGGAUCCAACGAAGACGAUAAAGAUUAUAAGCUAAGAAUUAGUAAAUCUUCCAAGAUAUUGUUGAAAUCUAUCAAUAACGUGUUGAACGUUGAUGAACAUGAUGAACGUGGUAAUUUGGUCAAUUUCAAAAGCAUCAACUGCGUUGAGCCCGCUGAGAAAGCUGAUGCUUCUAUCAGUGAAUGGUUGAAAACUUUACAGGAGAAAUGUAAGAAAAGCAACGAUGAAGAGUUCGUUAGUAUCAUUGAUGUUGAAGUUCAAAAGUUUAUCGACGAGAUGGUCGAGGCCUACUAUUCUGAUUUAGGGUUUGUAUAUGGGAACGGAAUUACUACUCUUUCUACUAUAAUCCCCAGUGAUUAGUUUUUUUGGAGUCAGAAAACCUGGGCUGGGAGUUUUUAGGUUAACUUUAAGUUUUUUUAUUUUUUAAUAAAAACGUAUAUUAUUAAAUUAUCAAAAAUGCAAUUGAAUAAUGUUCAUACUCGCUUCUUACAAUUUAACACCAUUUAUUUACUAGUAGUUUAUUUUAAGUUAAGAAUUAGUUAUUUAAUUAUUUACUGAUAUUUUAGUGAAAAUAAAAUUUUUAGAAU